UGCGCUUUGUCUCCAGCUUUGGGGCUGGCGGAGAACGGCCCAGGGAAUGGGUGGCACCGGGAGCGCCAGGCACUCCCGGCUGGUGCCAGCACUCUUGCUGGGGCAGCUCUGGCCGCGCUCCGUGACAGAGAAGCCGGGGCACACGGCAGGCACCCAGUCGCGGCUACCUCCCGGGUGUGGCGGGUCAGAGGACCCGGGUCUCUGGCCCGAGCAGCUGCAGGGCCACGUGCAACACGCGCGUUGCCUUCAGCCCGGGCGGGGACCGGACGCAUCUGGGGCUGCGGGAGGAGCCGGGCGCCGCCCCUGGUGGCAGUGCCAGCCUCGUGGGAGGGCACGGAUGGGCGGAGGGGCAGACGACGGAGGCGUUCAGGCAGGGCACGCGGGACCGAGGGACUGACCCAGGCUGGCUGGCUCGGGUGGGACCGGCAGAGCGACGGACAGGUGUGAGCAGUCAGACUGCCUGCGAGAGAGACCAGGAGGCGCAGAGACAGCACUCAGUAGGCAGAGAGAGAAGCAAGCACUCGCGUGCUGCCUCCUUCCUUACGCCGUCCCCUGACCAAGGAAGCGGCCAGGGGCACAGAGUGGGCGAGAGACUGCGGGCACAGAGGACGGGAAGAGGUGGGACCUCUUGCAUUGCUGGUGGACCGAGGGACGCAGAGGGACUGACAGACCGACGCACAGACAGGCAGCCGGUAAGAGUGACAGCUUCCAGAAGGCACAACGCAGGAAAGCGAGAAUCGCGCGCUGAGCUGCCAGACUGACCAACAGACGGUCGGACUGACCGACGCGCAGACGAACGGAAGAGUAGACGGGAGGCGGCGGCACUUUUAUUCCACCGGGCCAGCCGGGCAGAAAAGGUGGAGGCGGCGCCCUCUAAGAGCGUCCGGAGAAGCGACCAGCAGGAGGGGCCGCGGGGACUCAAGCCGCAGCCCACACCGUCGCCGCAGCGGUAGCUGCCAGAGCUGUGCAGAGAUCCCAGCCAACACUGCAGAAAGCUCAUUUUACUACCAGUUAAAUAAAUCGACCAAAACCAAACCAAACCAAAACAAAACAAAAAACCCCAACAACAACAAAAAAGCCGAGCCAAAAACCAAACCAAACAAUCCAGCCAAAUCAAUCACUGAGAAACAGUAAUAUUAAUAAAGUCCCCAAACUAAAUCAGAUCAAUCAAGGCACCAAGACGCUGGGGGGAUAUCCACUGUUCGAUCAAGGUUGACGAUGAUGUGUCAAAGUGUGUAAAGGAAUCGCAUGGAGAUGGGCAUUCCGAACUGUUAAAGGGGACAUGGGACUCCAGUUGUCUCUGAUCACUUGUGUGGAUUUUCCCGGUGUAGAACGACAGAAGCCGCUAGUAAGUCGCCAAGACCUACAGCAGGAAUUCUGCGUGCAAGGGCGUAAAACCUUGUUAUUUUAAUUUGCAUCUGGGAGAAUGUCUGAGCAAGCAGACCUGAAUCAGACGAUAGUGGAGGAAGGAGGGACUGAACAGGAGACAGCCACUCCAGAGAACGGCAUAGUGAAAUCUGAAAGUCUGGAUGAAGAGGACAAACUGGAACUGCAGAGGCGGCUGGCGGCUCAGAACCAAGAGAGAAGAAAAUCCAAGUCAGGAGCAGGAAAAGGUAAACUGACCCGCAGUCUUGCUGUCUGUGAGGAAUCGUCAGCCAGACCAGGAGGUGAAAGUCUUCAGGAUCAGACCCUCUGAAAACUGCAAAUGGAAAGGAAUUCAAAAGAAUUUAGAUUAAAAGUUAAAUAAAAAGUAAGCACAGUAGUGCUGAAUUUCCUCAAAGGCUCUCUCUUGAUAAGGCUGAACCAAAUAUAGCCCUAAGUAUCCCAUCUCCUUCCUUAUUGGAGAUGUCUUACCUCUCAGCUCCCCAAAAUGCACUUGCCUAUAAGAAAAACAACUGUUGGCUUGUAUGAAACUUAAGAAAUAGUGAAAAGGGUGCAUUGAACCUUGGAGAAAUACUUUUAUGGCCUUUGGUGGAGAUUUCUCUAUACUGCAAAAAUUGUCCAGAAAUGAAUCCAAGCUAAUGGUGAAUUUAAGUUAAUAUUACUAAUGUAUCACUGCACAUCCUUACUCUUAUUUUUGCCUUUUACAGCAAGAAUGUUAAGGCUUAAAAUUUUUAAUUCCAACAAAACUCUUCCAUGACAAAGUGGGAAACUUCACAUUAUAUUUAUUUCUGUUUGCCUUUUAGGCAUCACAUUAGCUUUUAUAAAAAGUCUUGCUACUGAAAUUUUGCUUAUUUUAUCAGAGGCUGAGAGCAGUCAAGACAAAAGUAAAAUGACCUAUCUGAGCCCAGGGAGAGAAAAUUGAUUAAGAUAUCACUAUUGUUAUUUGGUUUGUUUUGCUUUUCUCUUCUUAUUUUAAUUGAAACACUCUGAAUUCCCCUCAUGGAUACAGAGAGCAUUGAGAAGAGCAUUGAGAGCACUUUCUUUAAAAGGACCAAAAAUAAAUUCCUUAUAGAUUUUGUCCUAAAGAGUAUUUUUUUUUUCUAAUGUCAUUUUCUUAACAUGCCACUCAUGUCAUAAGGCAUGAACAGGCUAUCUUUCAGUAGCCAUUACUGUGUCUCAUACACAUGCUUUAUUUUACUUGGGCUCUGAGAAAUGUGUGGCUUUUCUUCAGCAUUUUAUUUGUGCUUCUAUUUUUAAUGGAGAUUGAAAAGGGGGAAUAAUGUGAAUAUCACGGCUUGUAUUAUUCGAUGUUGAUUGAUGGAUUGUAAUGUACUGCACAUGAUAUAUGUUAACUCUGCAGAAUGACAGACCCUGGGAGAAGUAAUACCCCAGUUGUCCCCUACUCCUAAUGCCAGGCAGAGAAGGACAGCCUUCAUGGUCUUAAUUUGGUUUUUGUUCCAUUUGACAAGGUACCAGGAGGAAAUUUUUUAAGAGAUCAUCUGUAUAAUAGUGUUUCACCCUGCACCUAAGUUUAGUUUCUACACACAAUUGGUGCAGAGAAAUAAGAUGCAAACGGUGCUUUGUCCCUGCUGGUUCCAAGCUCAGAAACCCAAGACUAGCUUUAUAGGAGAGAAUUAGCCCUUGGAAGCGUCUCUUUGGACUAGCUGAGGUGUGGUGGGAGCAGGGGACUGACUGAAAAUACCUAGAUGCACAUAUAAGCAAGUGGCCAUGCUCCUUUUUUAAGAGAAUAAAGAAGCAGACCUUUGAGCUUAUAUGCAAUGCCUUCAUUAGGUACCACCGGCACUUACAAAAUGUGUGGACUGAAUCCCAGAGAACACUGGCAGAAGUACACAGUAUAUGGAUUGUAUUGCUUCCCCAAUGUUUGUAUAUUCACAGUAUUUGGAAAACUGCCUUCAUUUUCCUGUGUGGGAAAAACUCUUGCUACCUGUAUUACUUGAUCUCAGACCCAUACCUGAUGGUUCAGUCUGUCCUUAAGUUAAAGGAAUCUUGCUUUUCUAAUGUUAUACUAUUUACCUAUCAGUGUAUUACUGUGACUUGAAUCAUUCUUUUACUGUUGUUGGAUAUAAACUUAUCCUGUACCUAUGUAUUUAUUAACACUUGUAUUUUAUUAUUGAGCAUAUCAAUAAAAAUAUUAAAAAAUAACAGAUUGUUUUUUACCAA